AUGGCUGAGAGCACGAGUCCAAAAAGCAGCUCUGGUGUCUUUGCUAAAAAAGUACAACGGCAGCUGAGCAGAGGCAAAGAAAAGGUAACAGUCUGCGAAGAUUUCUUUUGUUUUUCCAAAUAUCAAGGGAGGAAACCUUGGUGCCAUUUUGCUCCUAUAGCUCAGAGAAAUGUUUUGUUUUGUUGGUUUUCUGCAGGUGCUGCAGAGGCUGGGGAGGACAGUGGAGACCAGGGAUGACCAAUUUGAACAGUCACUGCAAAAUUUUGUGGACCAGCAGGUAAACUGUCUCCUAGAGUUACUAUUCUGUGUUUAAGCCAACCCCCUCCUCCCUUUUUUCUAACAUCUUAGAUGAUUUAUUGGCUGUAAAGGAAGCAAAUAAAACAUCAUAAAAGUAAUAAAUCUGCAGCCUGACAAGCAUGUAACCCUCCUGUAUCUGCAGACUGAUGGAAACCGGAUAUACAAGGACCUGAGGCAUUACAUCAAUUCAGUUAGAGGUAAUAAAAAGUUUCUGAGGAUGCUCCUUUUGGUCUUUUGUACGUCCCUAAUGAACUGUCCUGCUAUUACAGACAUGCGUGAAGCUUCGAGACGACUCUCCCAGUCCUUGUUUGAUGCUUAUGAAAAUGACUGGGCUGCAGGGGAGGAUUUAGGAGCCAUUGUAGAGGUGUGUUCAUCAUCUAUGAGAUAUUAUAAAUCUAAGCGACAGUUCAGCUCUAACACUACAAGCCUCUUUUAUCGCCAGGGGAGCAGACACCCCCUUCUUUCCCCCUCUCUUUAUACAUAAUUAAUGCACUUUUUAUGCCGUGCCUCUUAAUCAGGGAGAGGACCUCCUGUGGAAUGACUACGAGGUGAAGUUAAUAGACCAGGCUAUCCGCACCAUGGAGUCCUAUGUGAGCCAAUUCCCUGAUGUGAAGGUGAGGCAAACAGAAGCGAAUACACACAGACAGAGAAAACAAGGCCUGAGAGAAAACAGGAAAACUAACACAGACGAACAAGCGCAGAAUCCACAUCCACAAACACACCGUCUCUGUCAAUCCGCAGGAGAAAGUGGCGAAGAGAGGGAGGAAACUGGUCGACUACGACUCUUCCCUGCACCACCUGGAGGCGCUGCAGACUGCGAAGAAGAGGGAUGAUGUCAAGAUAAAUAAGGUCACGACUGAUGACAUGCAUAUUCACUUUGAAGAGCGCUUUAACUUCUUUUAAACUUUGAUCAAAACUAAUUCAAGUGUUCGUGCUGCAGGCAGAUGAAGAGAUGCACGCUGCCAAAAGUGUGUAUGAGAGCAUCAACAGUGAGUUAAAAGAAGAGCUGCCUCAGCUCUAUGACAGGUUGGCCAGUCUUUUUUUACUCUUUAUUAUGUUGAUCAUAAAGAGUAUGGAUUAUUUUUUUUACAAUGUCUUUUGCUUUUUCUUUGUAGUCGGAUUGGAUGCUACGUUUCAGUCUUCUCUGCUUUGUCAAACCUCCGUCAAACCUUCUACAAGGAAAUGUGCACAGUAUGUUUUUACCGAAGCAGGUCAUUUUCACCAGAAUGGAAAAGUUUAUUUUGUUUUUGUUCUUUUUUACACCUGUUCGCUCCUCUUACAGCUCAACCAGGAUCUACACAGCGUGGUGAAAGAGCUGCAGGCUCAGUAUCCAGACAAAGUGUUCGCUGUGAGGGGAAUGCAAAAGUGAGUUCUAGUUUAAAAUUGUGGAUUUAUGAGAAAAACUCUCCAAAACUUCAUUCGAAACACAGUAAAUUGAAAGUCUUAAAGGCCCCCUCUUUAUUCUCAGAGGUGAGGUUUUAUUUUUUAUUCUCCUUGUCCUGCUUUGUAUGUGUUUUCCUUCUCCUUCUCUUAUCUGCCUCAUCUUCGCUCUCUCCCUGCCCUGAUUUGAACCCACGAUUAUUGCAAUGAAAGGCAACCGCCGUCCUGCCUGAGAGUGUUUGACUUCUGUUGGUCUAUUCAGCUUUACAACAAAUUUAGACUUAAGUGUGAUGAAAACAUGCACUUAUCAGCUCACAUUGUUGACCCUGGUGCGAUUUGAACUCACAGUCUUUGCGCUGAAAAGCAGUAAUCUCUCCAUUUUUCAAUGUUAUUUCAAACUGAAUCUCAGGCUGUGAUAGAAACAUACCUUUCCUGAAUCACAUUUUAACCCUUACUCAGAUUUGAACCUCCUUUUUACUGCACUGUGUUGAUUUAAAAACAUUAUCCAGGCCAUAUUGGCUUUAUAGGAGCUGGUCACUGCAGGGAUUUGAACCUCGGAUUGUUAAACUCUUAGACACCACUGCUCCUCAUGACAUUAUGCAACCCUUUCUGAUUUAAAUACUUGUUUUGUACUCGAGUGGCUACACAGGAUGGCUCCUGAAGGGAUUAUAACUCACAGUUAACUCGCUGUCUUUGCCAUCUGUGCUUACCCUUCCAGUAAUGGAUUGCUGUGCAGGACUUACUUGUUAAUGUCAAUUUAAUUUCCAGCACAUUACGAUAGGCUGCUUACUUUCUUUUAUUUUUAAAGUCUUUUCUUUUUGAUAUAAUUUAAUCAGACUUUUUGUCUGUACUUUUUAAAAGUCAUAACUUAAUAAGAAAAUCAUUCCAUUUCAGAUUUUAUUUCAGGUCUGUUGAGAGCCCUUUUCCUCCUCAGGUCUUCAGUUCCACUUUUCCCCUUGCUUUUAUGAGCAUCUACAAAUCUAAGCAUGUCUGCCUUACACUGUGUAUGAAGAGCAGAUGUUUUGAUGUUUUCAUUAAAUUAAUUAUUCCCACUGAGCGAUAGUCGGCUAUUAGAUGUCUAGUUAUUUUUUGGACCUAAUUUCAACCGUUGAGAUUCUGUAUAUUUUUAGACAGAAUUUAGACUUUGCACUUUAACCCAUUAUUCAAUAACUAUUUAUUUCAAAAAGCAACUGUGAGUUGCAUAACUGAUCUCCAAGUACUUAACCAAAAUAAUUAUGAUAGCCGUUGAGCAAUAUACAGAGUAGUAAAGAUAUAGCCCAGAUUUAGACUUGAUCUAAACUUGGUCUUAAUUUAGACAUCUGAAAAACUUUCAUUUUUAGACCUGUGGUAGCCUGAUUUUAGACCAGUCGUCUAGGCUACAUUUAGACGUCUAUUAGACCUCUUUUAGACCAAUGGUACAAAAGACUGGUCAGCUUUAAAUUUGAUGUUUUGGACUAACAAACUGAUAAGGGCGUUGUAUUUAUUGGGAGAAAACGCAUUUGCAGAUCACCAAGCGGUUUAGGCUAGACUCAUGUACAUAGGCCGUGCUGCUUUGAUGCAUCUUUGUGGAUAUCAUUUCCCACUCUCUCAGCUUCUUUUCCCCCGCUCUGUCCCAAAGAUAAAUCCAAAUGCAUUAGUCUUUGAAAGUCAUCUUUGUUAAAUCAAAUGUUUGAGAUAUUGAAACAUGGAGUUGUGUUGCCCAGGAGGAAACAGAGCAGUGUUUUGCUACAGAUAGUGGAAUACAAUCAAGCACUGCAAAUGGUCACUUUUGCAAAAUAGCCUCCUCUCAUUCAGGACAAAGUCUGUGGUUUUGGUCACAAGCAAGUGGGAAGUAGGAAUAAGUCUGGAUGAGUCAACAGAAUCAAUUCUAUGAUAAAACAUGAAAUAAAAAAACGACUUAAAUUCAAACAAAAAGAGAAGAAAAUUAAUCAGUUGGAAAAAUCUACUUUCUUAAAUACAGUUUAACGAAUAGUACAGUUUAAGAGUUUUCACUCUUUUGUCUGACGUUUCUCUCUUAAACAUUUUAAGGUACGGCUCCCUGAAGAGGCGGACCCUGAUGUCUCCCAAAGCUUGGAAAGCAAGCUUCUCCGAGUACCACAAGGGCUACAGUCCCAGACCCAGCCAGAGGUUCAGCUUUAAGUCUCCAGACAAAUCUCGCCACAGCACUUUGUCCAGAGAGAGCAGCACCAGCUCAGUCAGCCCGCCAUCAUCCAUACUGGAGAGCCCCUCCUCUGAGUCCAGGGACCUGGAUGCUGAGUCCAACAACACCGAGCCCCCGAGCUCUCCUGCGCAAGAGGAGGCCGCAGAGGGGAGCGAGGUGAAGUCAGAAGAAGACAGGGGUCAGGUGGAAGAGGAGAAGAGUGUGAAAGAAGAGGAGGUUGAGCCUCCGGCAGAGUCUGACAACAAGGGAGAUGGUGAGAAAGCUCCACCAAGUGACAGCAGCUCUGAACUGAACAACUCCUGUGACUCCGAGAGUCUGGACCUGCAGCUGUCUGCGGCAGACGUGGGGCCGCUGCACAUCGAGGAGAGAGAGGACAGCCCGGUGCUGCUGGGGACGCCUAAAGCAAACAGACUGGAGAACGGUGAAGUUUCUGGGGUUGACUCUGACACCAAGGAGGUGAGCAGCCCUCAGAAGGUUUGUUUUAGAUAAGAAAACAUCUGCUAUUCUUACAUGCUAUUCUUUUCUGUCAUGGUGCUUCUGUUUAACUGCACUGUCCUCUUUUCUAGGAUGCUGUAUCUCCUGAUGUAAAAAACACAACAGUUUGAAGUCAGUCAGAUUUAGGUUGGUGGGAUUUCUCGUGCACACAGUCUGUCAUUCAUUAUUAACUUAAUUGUCUGACUCUGCCGUGUCCCUGAUCUGUUAAUAACUCUGCAUGUGCUCUGUGCUCUUCAAACAGAGAAGCAGAAGAGAGACUGAAGUCAACAGCUGCACAAAAGAAAAAUGUGGAGACAGCCGCUCUGCAGGGUCCAACUGUGGCAUCAUGAAAGAUGUACGCUGCGUUGACUUUCUGGAGUUAGUUUUCCUAUUCUGCUAUUGUUAAAAUCAUUUGUUUAUAUUCUGCAUCACACAGUCCAUGUCCGAGCUCAGUGUGACACAUUUCUAACAGAAAAAGCUUUGUUUUAAUAAUCCUUACAUAGACAUACACACAAUUAUUCAGCUACUGCAGGUUGACUUAGUCAUAUUUGUCAGUUUUAAGUGAACAUACAUGCUCUUAUAGGUUUACAUUGUUAGAAAGCUAUCUGAAUGGCCUCACUACAGUCACUCUUAGCAGGUGUACUGAGCGGUGGUGUGAGUUUUAUUCGUGCCAACGACCAAAAGACUGAAGCACAAUGAGAACUGUACCUACUUUGUUGUUUUAACUAAGCUCGUAUUCAUUUUUAAACUUCAUUUUUCACUUUACUUUGAAUGAAAUGUAAGUAUAUCAGAUCUUUAUAACCUGAAAUCUGUUUGAUUUACAUCCUGAAGAAGAUAAAGUCUUAUUUUAUUCUGAAAAUUUAUCCCUACAUCCUGUUAAGCACAUCUGUUAAAGUUUGAUUAUUUAAUGAACUCACACUCACACCCUGAAGGAUAAAGAUAAUGAAUUGAUGAUAAUAAAAAAGGUUGUUAUUCAAAUUUUGUGUACACAGCUGUUCUUCUUCUCUGCUGGUGCAGGUUUUUAAAUGAUGGGAACAAAAAAGAAGAGCUCUCACUCUGUACGUUUUUAUUCAGCUGACUCCAAAAUGAACUGAACAUUCACCUUCGUGUGUACUUGACUGAAACAGCUAAGUGGAAUAACCUUUACAAUGCAGGUAAUAUUGAACACACCUGAAAAUGAGUUACACUUUUCUUCAUAUGUCUGGUUGAGCCAGAAAAGGUCAAAAUAAACAACAAUGAUAGGGAUAUCACUGCACUUUAAAAAGUACAUACAGUAUAUGUUUAAGUUCAAUAUAAAAGUAAAUCUAUUUGUAUACAUAACACAAUAUAAUCCAUGGUUCUGGCUUCUUAAUUAUGAGGUUUAUUGAUGCCUUCGUCACAGUAUUUAUGCUCAUUUCAGUAAAUUCUGCUGCGAGAAACCUAAGCCUAAAAGUUGAUAACAAAAUUACUUGUAAAUAUAUCACAAGCUUAUACAAAGAACUAUGUUUUAUAUCAAAUCAACUUUUGGUUGUGUAUGUUAACAUCAUUAAAAUAAUGUUUCCUACAACUUUAAAAGAGAAGUUUUAUUCAGUUAAACUUCAUUUUAUGAACAUAAGCUAAUGCAGCUUCUUAGUGCGCUACGAGGAGAAAACAGUAACAUGUGUACAAAAAAUUGAGGUAAUACAUUAAAAAAAAGUAACCAUGUUUUGAUGUACUUUGAACGGUCUAAUGGCAAAUAUUCUAUAUUUUUUGUUCAGUUCAUACAGCAAACAUUUUUUUUACUAUUAGGUGAUGCAGGACAGAUCAUGAUAGGAAGAAUUAAUUGUAUCUAAAUGAAAACAGAACAAUCAAGUUAAGAAAUAUAUUGAUAGAGGAUAAAAAUUUUGUUUUGUCUUAUAUCUCUGUGAGGAACUUUCUGUUUGUAUUGAUUUUGUCGUCCUCUGCAGACAAAGUGAUAUAGCUUUCACUUCACUUCAACUUUAUACUAUUAUUAUUAUUAUUAUUAUUAUUAUUAUUAUUUUAAUUUUAUUAUUAUUAUUAAAUAGAAUAGAAUAUUUCUUUAUUGAUCCCCAUGGGGGAAAUUUUGCCACAGCAGAAACUCAAACAAAGAUAGUGCAAAAAUGCAGUUAUAGAAAUAAAGAUUGUAAUAUUAAGAACUUAAAUGUUACAAUUAAGAAAAAAAUUAAGAAAAGGAAAAAGGGAGAAGAAAAAUAAAAUAAAAUAAAAUAAAACUAUAAACAAUAUACACAAUUUAAGUACCAGAAAAAAGUGGUGGUGUGAGUCCAGUUUUAUUACAGUUCGUUGUAAAGUUUCACAGUGAAACUAGACAGUUGAAAUAAAUAUAUAUAUAUAUAUAUAUAUAUAUAUAUAUAUAUAAAUGAAGGCUGUUUUGUGUAGAUUCAUAGAUAUAAGCUGAAGUCUGUGUCAUUGCCAGUUAAAGUCUCCUCAGAAAAUAGAUUUUAUCACAGUAGAUAACAAUCUUCGGAGUGAUGCAUCUUCCAUUACAGACGAUCUUUCACAGUGAGCGACAGAAAAGGGGGAGGAAAGGGAGGGGCGGAAACCGAGAGCGUGUGUGCUUCAUGACUCACGAGUGCUGUGACUGUGAGAAAACUAUCUCUGCUUACUGUAUUACACAGACGCAGUUUCUCAGACGCCUUUAACAGCCUCUCACUCGGCUUCAGUUUCGGACUGAAGUUAGCAGCGUGCGUUAGUUUUCUACACCUUCACAGUUAGACAAAGUUGAAACUCAACGGGCCGUUUUUUUUAGUGUCACCGCUCCGCCCAGGUAAGCUCCCACACAGCUGCGAUGAACAAUGUAAUGAUUGAGAAGUCAUUGAAACUCUUUGGAUUGUUUUUAAAGCUUCUUUCUUAAGUUUUCUUCGUGGUGUUUUGAGUCAGGGUAGCUGUGAGGAAGUUGGUGCAGAAGUUUUCCUUAAAAGGUUAUAAGAUAGUUGAGUUUGGUGAGAGGACAAAGAGAGUGAAGUGAAUGAUGAACUAACAAUGGUGGAGAGGUGCUGACCUGCUGAUCUGACUCGUUAAAUCAUGUCAGACGUGAAGGCCGUUUGUGCACUUGCGUGAUUGCGGAAAUGACGGUUGUGUACUGUUUUUCUGUGUUUUGUUCUCCUCAGGAAACGAGACAAUUAUCCUCCAACCAUGAAUGGUAAGUCACUCCUGAUUCUGUUUUAAACCUACUGCUGACAAUCUGUGACAAGUUCAGUUCCCCCUCAAAUUAAAGCUCCUGUGAGGAAUUUUUUAUGCAAAUGAAAACAACUAAGUUUCAUGUUUCGGAGUUUCUGGGGCCGAUGCCGAUACUGAUUAUUAGGGGGAAAAAAUCUAAUUACGAUUAAUCGGCCGAUUUUUACAUUUUUUUUAUGAAGUAUAGAAUAUAUGCACAGUGUAAAUAUACACAAGUGUAUAUACACAGUGUAUAGUAAGUAUACCAUAGAUAUACUGUAGGCUACUGCUGUUCACGCCGACAGGAAGACCGACUGAUCAAACCCGGACCAGAAAAGCAUUUUCAACUACUUCAAAUUCCCUUAAGAUCACUACUUUUUGAUAGUUAUUCAUAACCACUGCUCUAAAUUAACAUAGCAUGCAAAUUCCAGGACCACUCUAACUGACCUUAUUCUUCACCCAAACCUACUUUACCCUCUAUCAAUUUUGCCGGGUGAAACAACCCGAACCUGUGCCUGUAGGAAAAAGCGGGUUUUGGAUCAGGGAAACAAAUAUACCUUCAGAGAUGUCAAAGGCGAUGCUGAAGCUACCCAGAGACCCAUGAUACUCAGACAAACGCAACAUGAUAAAAAUCACGUAAAUAUGUUUGGUCGGUUGAAAAUCACCUGGCGAUAGUUUUCUAGGGUGAAGCAUGUAGAGGACAAGAUACGCAAGUACUGCCUUGUCCACAGGAGGCGCUGACUUGACACAAACCUUAAGUUUCCCCACAGGAGCUGUAAAUAUAUUUAAUAUUUAACUAUUUUUAAAGACCUAUGAUUUGUUCCAGUCAGAAAACUUCAAAGAAAAAGAAAAGAAAGGAACUUUUUUUAUCUUUCUUUUACAGCCUGACUGAUAUGCAUGUUGGUGUCAGCCUUAUACAAAGUUAUAUCACUCUUCCUGUGUUUUCUGCUGCAUGUUCACACUACAGGGCAAAUUUCAACUCCAUACUUGUCAGUACUCUCAGCACUGUCUGCAGAACAUGUACAAUACUGAUGAGAUGAUUAUUUGCCUUCUAAAAUCUGUCUCAGCCACUUCAAUAAGUAUUUUAAUCAAGCUUUAAGUUUCACUGUCAUCUGUGUCUACAUCCCAAAAAGUUUGACUUCUUCCCAGAUGUACAAAUUGAAUUUAACACAAUAUUAAAAUUAUGUAUACAUGUCUGUUUUAUACUUCUUUGUUCCUGACUGUCUGCUUUUUACUUUUCCACAUAUUUUGAAGGUAAAAAUAGUUAACAGUUAAGUAAUUAAAAAGUCCUGGAUGGGUUUGACUCUGAUUUUCUUGCUUUUCCCUGACAACAGGAGAUGAUAGUUUUGGACAGAGCAAGACAAACUCUAUCUCUAGAAGUUACAGUACUGCUGCCUACAGUAUUUGCAGGCACUCAAAGUACAACCUGAAACUUGUAUGCCUUUAUUGCUUUUGUGUGUCAUAAAUAGGCAUCACCUAUAACUUGAUUCUGUUUCAUAACCAGCUAAAACCUCCUCUAAGGGACUUAGAAAUUGAAACUGAUGGUGAAACAAACCUGCUGACUUCACUAUUUUCAGUCUCAAAAUGAUGUUAUCAGAAGCCAAACAGUGAAAGUUCCAGGAACUCAUUUUAACGUGAUAUUGGAUUUUUUUAAAAAGCGGGGAAAAUGAGAGUGUUUCGCACUUUGCCUUAAAUAGGACCCUGUUUUCUAUCUCUGUUUCUUUGCUUAUCGCUCUGCAGAUUUUACGAACAGGUUGCUGCGCAGACUUUUUGUGCUCCUGCUGAAGUAACAGAUCUCCGCUCUUUCACCCGCCGCUCUGCUGCGCGAUUAGGUCAUUACAUCAGAGGAUUCAGAAAUGAAUAAAACAGCACGCCGGGUUUACCUCUGGUUCCCAGCUCUUCCUAAUCAGAUUAGCGUGUCACAACAGUUAUUAUUCCCUCGUCAGACUGCAGUUACACAAAAUCACUUCCAGCAGACUGUGUGCUGAGGACAGAGCCGCCUGUGAGACAUUUUUAACACCUUUUUAUCUUCCAGCGUCAGACGUCAUGUCUUUGACAACACUGUCGGCUAACUCCACUGUUACAGAGGGUAAGUCGACUGUUAUUUUCUUCCUCCUCUUUUGUUUCUCGUCUGUUUUGUGGAUUUAAAAGUUGAGCUGCAGCCAGCAAAUGUUCUGAAAUCAUAACCUCUAAAGAUUGUUCUGUUUUAUCAAUAAAACACACUGUGCUUUUUUUCUUUUUUGUUCGGUCAGCUACAGAUCCAGAGCUUUUAACGUCACGUCCCACUCAAGUGAUCGCCACAACGAUUGAGGGUAACUCCUACACUUCUUGCUUUUCAUAUUUUCUAUCGCUGGCACGCAAAUCCAGUCUCCUCCUGGACCCACUUAGAUCACUUCCUCUCAGAUACCGCACAAUAGAGGACUUUUUUCGCCAUGUCCGCCGCCUGUCACCACUGCUGUGGGAACUAAUCCUGUUUUUUGUUUCAUUUUUUUUCCCCAUCAGCUAUGACAACAGCAGCUCCAGCAAGUACAGACUCAGCAGUUAUAGCAGGUAACCUUUUUUACUCUCUUUCUCUUGAACUUUUUCUUGUAUCAAUGUGAAGAGAACAAGUCCCAACAUGGCUUUAAAAAAUACUGUUUUCUUAUUUCCCCAGUGGUUAUAGUCCUCAUCCUGCUGACGGUAGCUGCUCUGGCCUUCCUGCUGUAUCGGUAUCUCUGCCACAACAAAGGAGACUACAGGACGACAGGGGAGCUGGCUCCAGGAGAGGACCCCGAUGAAGAGUGCAGCAACCAGGCUGUGAGCGAAAAGAAGGAGUACUUCAUCUAA